CCCGCCCGCCCGCCCCCUCCCCUCCUUCCUUCCCCCGUGAUGGCGGAGGACAGCGAGUCUGCGGCCAGCCAGCAGAGCCUGGAGCUGGAUGACCAGGACACCUGCGGCAUAGACGGCGACAAUGAGGAGGAGGCCGAGCACGCCAAGGGAAGCCCUGGAGGAGAUUUGGGAGCAAAGAAGAAGAAGAAGAAGCAGAAGAGAAAAAAGGAAAAGCCAAAUUCUGGAGGCACCAAAUCAGAUUCUGCCUCUGACUCCCAGGAGAUUAAAAUUCAGCAACCUUCAAAAAAUCCAGCCAUUCCCAUGCAGAAGCUUCAGGACAUCCAGAGAGCGAUGGAGCUGCUCUCUGCAUGCCAAGGCCCAGCAAAGAACAUUGAUGAGGCUGCCAAACGUAAAUACCAGUUUUGGGACACACAACCUGUACCAAAACUCAAUGAAGUGAUAACUUCCCACGGUGCCAUUGAACCAGACAAGGACAACGUCCGCCUAGAGCCAUAUUCCUUGCCCCAGGGUUUUAUGUGGGACACGCUGGACCUCAGCAACGCCGAAGUUCUGAAGGAGUUGUACACACUGUUAAAUGAGAAUUACGUAGAAGAUGAUGAUAAUAUGUUUAGGUUUGAUUAUUCACCUGAAUUUCUUCUGUGGGCGCUGCGUCCCCCGGGCUGGUUACCCCAGUGGCACUGUGGGGUCAGAGUGUCCUCCAACAAGAAGCUGGUAGGAUUCAUAAGUGCCAUCCCUGCAAGCAUUCGCAUUUAUGACAGUGUGAAGAAAAUGGUAGAGAUCAAUUUCCUUUGCGUUCAUAAGAAGCUGAGAUCCAAACGGGUCGCGCCGGUACUGAUUCGGGAAAUCACCAGGAGAGUAAACCUGGAGGGCAUUUUUCAGGCUGUUUACACUGCUGGAGUGGUGCUCCCCAAGCCUGUGGCCACUUGCAGGUACUGGCAUCGAUCACUGAACCCCAGAAAGUUGGUGGAGGUGAAAUUCUCCCAUUUGAGUAGAAACAUGACUCUGCAGAGAACAAUGAAGCUCUACAGACUCCCUGAUGCCACAAAGACUUCAGGCUUGAGACCCAUGGAACAAAAAGAUACUAAAGCAGUACAAGAACUAAUCAACACUUACUUGAAACAGUUUAAUCUGGCUCCUGUGAUGGAUGAAGAAGAGGUAGCCCACUGGUUCCUCCCUCGGGAUCAUAUUAUUGACACUUACGUAGUAGAGGGCUCAAGUGGUACCUUAACAGACUUCCUGAGCUUCUACACCUUACCUUCAACAGUGAUGCACCAUCCUGUCCAUAAAAGCCUCAAAGCUGCCUACUCCUUUUACAAUAUUCACACAGAGACCCCCCUCUUGGAUUUAAUGAAUGAUGCACUCAUUAUAGCAAAAUUGAAAGGAUUUGAUGUGUUCAAUGCACUGGAUCUGAUGGAAAACAAAACAUUCCUGGAAAAACUCAAGUUUGGGAUCGGAGAUGGAAAUCUGCAGUAUUAUUUGUACAACUGGAGGUGUCCCGGCAUGGAAUCCGAAAAGGUUGGUCUGGUGCUACAAUGAGGACAGGUGUUGGUGGAACUCUGAGGUCAUGGUUUGAGUUCAUCUGCUCUCCCUCACUCUUGGAACCCUGUUCUUCAAGAGGAGUAAAAGCACAACGUCGGUGACGUGGAAACAGUCUCCAUUCAACCUAACCAACCAAGACAUCCAUUUGUGACCAAACCUCUGCAUUUCCAGCUAGAUCAGAAGGUCCACCAAACUCUUCUGUUGUCCAUGAAAAGAGAAGCACAUUCAUUACAGUUUCAAAGCUUAGCUUGCACCUUGAUGAGAAGAAGGUAUUUUUUUUUCCCCACUCUGUAGAAAAGACUCAUUUUGUAGAAACUGGACUUGAGUGGUGGGUAGGGCACAGAGAGCCUUGGCUCUGAGGUGGAGGAACUGCUGCAUUUCUAUUUAUUAAGUGGUGGUGUAAAUGUGUCAGUGUCACAGGGGUGAAGGACACAGACCUGAGGAGCUUGGCUUAGUUACUUCACGUGGAGAUCUACACCUGGGGGCAACCGAGGAAGGGCGCUAGGUUUGUAGGUGGAGGGAAGGCCUGGCUGGUUUGUGAGCAGAGCAGUGUGGCCAUGUGCUGGUGGAACUGGUGCAUUUGUUUCUCCAUAAGCAGCGCUGCCAAAUCAAUAAAACCAGGAGAUUUGUACUUUGA